AUGGGGCCGUGGGGGCUUCCCCUCCUGGUGGCGACUCUGGCCGGCUGCCUGUUUCCUGCCAGGGGCUGUGUCAUUUGUGAUCCAAAGGUCAGGGAGGCGCUAAACUCCUUGGAGGUGGAUUACCUGCCUGGCCACCUGGAGGCCAACCAUCAGAAAAAAGUGAUGGAAAAGAUAAAGCAGGCAGUGGAAGAUUUCAAGGACCUGCCGAUUGACGAGGACUCCUAUAUGGGGGUUGUCGAUGAGGCCACACUGGAAAAGGCAUCCUGGAGUUUGCUGAAGGAUAUGAAACGCAUCACAGAUAGUGAUGCAAAAGGUGAGCUCUUCGUGAAGGAGAUGUUAUGGAUGUUGCACCUGGCAAAGAAUACCUUUGCCAGCUACGCUGCUCAGUUUCAAAAAGAGGCUUUUUGUCCCAACAAAUGUGGUUUGAUGUUGCAGCCUCUCAUCUGGUGCAGUACCUGCCAGAAGCAGGUUCACGCUUGUCGAAAAUCUAAGAAUUGCGGAGAGCGCGAAGUCAAGGUCCAUCAAAUGGAAGACAUGAUCCUGGACUGUGAGCUCAACUGGCAUAAAAUCUCUCAAGGCCUGACCGAUUACAGCUUUUACAGGGUUUGGAAGAACAAUUCUGAGACCUUGGUGUCCAGGGGGAAGCAGCCCAUCCUGACCAAGACCAUGGUGCGCCCAAAGGAUGCAGGUACCUAUCGCUGCGAGCUGGGUUCCAUACAAUCCAGUCCAGCCACGAUCAUCUAUUUUCACGUCACAGUAUUGCCCAAAAGAAUCCAGGAGGAGAUACCGUCACCAAACACCGAGACUCAGGAUGAGACGGCCCUGGGAGAGGUGGCUUUGGAUCUCCCCCACACAACCGUCGAGCCACAGACUCCGAAGCCGGAGCAACUGCUGAGAAGACGCCUGUUCGGGGUGCUGAUCUGGGGCUUAGUGGUGCUCACAGUCUGCGUUCUAAUCGCGUGA